GGGUGGGCGUGACUCCAGCGCUCUGGCAGGGAAGCGCCUGUGCCAGCCCCCCACGUGUCUGCUCCGUUCCGCGGCUGAGCCAGGCAGGCACUGGAGGGCUCCGCUGGCAUGGACGAGCCUGGCGGAGGAGGCGGCGUCGGCGCCGCCGCGAACGGGGCGCUGGGCAAAAGCAAGGCUCAGCCCCAGGCGAAGGGCAGGGAGCUCCUCAGGAGCCAGCGGAAGGAGUCAGAGGGUUCUGUGGACUGUCCCAACCUGGAGUUCGAAUAUGGGAAUGCCGACAGCUACGCUGCUGAACUGUCAGAACUGUACAGUUACACAGAAGAGCCAGAGUUUGCUGCCAACAGGAAGUGCUUUGAAGAGGAUUUUCAAACCAAAGUGAAGAACAAGCAAUGGCUGGAGCUGGACUUGACUCGCCAGAAGGCGUACGUGAUGCAUCUUCUGGAUGGGCUGGAGGUGGUCAACAGGGAGAAGAGGUUACAAGUUGCUCGGGCCAUUCUCUAUUUGGCACAAGGGGUCUUUGGGGAGUGUGACACAGAGGUGGAUGUCCUCCACUGGGUGCGUCACAACAACUUCCUGUUGUACCAGAUGGGAACUUUCACUGCAUUCCUGGAGUUGCUCAACAUGGAAAUGGCCAACAGCGGCAGUGCCCUGAGGAAGCCUGCCAUCUCCCUGGCUGACAGCACUGAGCUCAGAGUGUUACUCAGUGUCAUGUACUUGAUGGUGGAAACCAUGCGAGUGGAGAUGGAGACUGACCCACCACAGUGGAAAGCUGCCCGGGAGUCAUUCAGGACUGAGCUUAGUUUUCCUGUGCACAGUGAGGAGCCUUUUGCGCUCUUACUUUUCACCAUGGUGACCAAGUUCUGCAGCGGGCACGCUCCGCACUUCCCAAUGAAGAAAGUCCUGCUUUUGCUUUGGAAAGUCCUUGUGUUCACCCUGGGAGGCUUUGACGCCCUCCAGGCCAUGAAGGUGAAGAAGCGGCAGGGGUUGGGCUUGCCGCUGCUGCCCGAGGACAGCAUCCAGGUCAUGCGCAGCAUGCGGGCGGCCUCUCCUCCCGCUUACGCCAUUGAGCUGGUGGAGCAGCAGCAGAAACGGAGCCACCGGAGCAGGAGGCCUCUGAUGAAGCAGGAUAGCUUGGACAUCUACAAUGAGCGGGACCCCUUCAAGAGCGAUGAGGCUCUGGUGGACGAGGAGGAAGCCGAGGACAUCAACAAUGGGAUGGAAGGGGAGCUGGAUCUCUUGGAGCGGGACACGGUCAUCCAAGCUCUGUCAGUCCCACGCCCGCCUGUCGAGAGGGUCUCCUUCCCCAAGGGGCUUCCCUGGGCCCCCAAAGUCAGACAGAAGGACAUAGAACAUUUCCUGGAGGCAAGCAGAAACAAGUUCAUUGGAUUCACGCUUGGGCAGGACACGGAUACUUUAGUAGGGUUACCGCGCCCCAUCCAUGAAAGUGUGAAGACCCUAAAACAGCAUAAAUACGUCUCAAUCUCUGAAGUGCAGAUCAAGAACGAGGAGGAGAUGGAGAAGUGUCCCAUGUCCUUGGGGGAAGAGGACGUGCAGGAAACUCCCUGCGAAAUACUCUACCGGGUGAUGCUGUACAACUUCCCACAGUACAUGAUAGCCUUGCUAAAGGUCCUUUUGGCUGCAGCGCCAACCUCCAAAGCCAAGACGGACUCGAUCAACAUCCUGGCAGACGUGUUACCUGAGGAGAUGCCCAUCACAGUCCUUCAGAGCAUGAAACUGGGGAUCGACGUGAACAGGCACAAAGAGAUCGUUGUGAAGAGCAUCUCAGCCUUGCUACUUCUGCUCCUGAAGCAUUUCAAACUGAACCACGUUUAUCAGUUUGAGUAUGUCUCUCAGCACCUGGUGUUUGCAAACUGCAUCCCGUUGAUUCUGAAGUUCUUCAACCAGAACAUCAUGUCCUACAUAACUGCCAAAAACAGCAUAGCUGUCCUGGAUUAUCCCUCCUGUACUGUCCACGAGUUACCAGAACUCAACGCUGAAAGCCUGGAAGUGGGAGACAACAACCAGUUUUGUUGGAGGAACCUCUUCUCCUGCAUCAACCUGCUGAGGAUCCUCAACAAACUGACCAAGUGGAAACAUUCCAGGACAAUGAUGUUGGUGGUCUUCAAGUCUGCUCCUAUUUUGAAACGGGCUCUGAAAGUGAAGCAAGCCAUGAUGCAGCUCUAUGUCCUGAAGCUGCUGAAGAUCCAGACCAAGUAUCUUGGGCGCCAGUGGAGAAAGAGCAACAUGAAAACAAUGUCUGCCAUCUACCAGAAAGUGCGCCAUCGCAUGAAUGACGAUUGGGCAUACGGCAAUGAUAUCGAUGCUCGGCCAUGGGACUUCCAAGCAGAAGAAUGCACUUUACGAGCCAAUAUUGAAGCCUUUAAUAGCCGGAGGUAUGAUAAACCCCAGGACUCUGAAUUUGCUCCAGUGGACAACUGCUUGCAGAGCGUGUUGGGGCAGCAGCUGGAACUCCCUGAGGAUUUCCAUUACUCUUACGAACUAUGGCUGGAGAGAGAAGUGUUUUCGCAGCCCAUCCGCUGGGAAGAACUGUUAUGCUAUCAGUGACAGUACUGGGAAGUUGAAGUUGAACCAAAUGCUGUCUUGGUCUCCAAAUAAUAGGUGCUGAGUUCCGGGGAAAAGGGGCGGUCCUUCUGUGUUUGGCAUUUUUUAUGACUGGCAGGGAGCUUUUUACAAUGAGUCGAAAUGUUACACAUCUUAAAUAUAAUGCCUUCAUCCUUGCUAGAGUCUUCCCUUUUCUCUCUGACUACUUCAGUCUACUGUAAAUGGGCCUGCAAGUAGCAAUAAAGGUCCUGAUUCUGAUCCAUUUAAACUGAUCUGUCUUGAAUAUUAUAUAUUUAAAGAUCUUAUAUUGAUGAGCUUUCCUCUCCUGCUUGCUUUAGUGUGAUGGUUAAUGUGUAUGCCAAGUUCUCCAAGACUUGGGUCACUAUUAUGAGCAAUUCAUGUGUCUGAUUUGUCUGAGCAAAUCUGUACCUUUUUAAAUCUUGUGACACUCCAUGCAGUUUGCUUCCCUAGAAACUGCAAAGUCCAAGGUUCAUUAAAAACAAGAUGCAUGUGUCAGAUUCACACCUAGCUGUAUUCCCAAGGGCAUCCAGGCGUGGAAACUACUUAUGGGAGUGAUUCUUUAAACAAAAAACAGUACACACAGAUGUACUUUGGGGAUCCAAUAACAAGAGAAUUUCUCUGUGCAUGUCCAGAAAGAAAAUUUCUUAGUGUUUGUUUCCAUUAUCUCUACUUACUCAUAUUGUAAAAAAGGUUUUACCUGUUCAUGUUUUAAGGAUGUCUUUGUACAUCACACAACCUUUGAUUCAUAGGAUCUUUCAUGAGUUAUUUAAUAUUUUGUGUGUGUGUGAGAGAUUACCACAAAAUGCAGGGUACGGCAGUGGGUGGAUUGCUGUGCCGGAGAUGAAGCCAAAUUAGACUCUGUCAGGACAGCUACAGCCAGCCCUGAAACAUUUAGGUUUACUGAAAAAUUCUGUUUACUUUUAGUGUGCAAGAGAAAUUUUUACAGGUAGAAUGUAUAACACUGGAAAGUCGCCUUCUCUGUAAAAUGCAAGUAAGGGGAUUUUAAUUCCUCUUUGUUCCCUCUGCACCUAUUAGUAUAUGCAUUUGUCAGAAUGCCUGGAUGUUUGUCCAUACUACCUCUUAAAGGUGCAAAAGAGCACCACAAAUUAUUCCACUGUUUGAAGAAACAUGCAAGCAUCUUAUAUAAAGGCGUAGUGUGUUUAUUUAGCUCCGUGCUAGAUGUGUGAAUACCAGAAAUUGUUCCAUAGUUUAUUGGUAUUACUGGGAGCCAGAUAUGCAUGUUAUCCAUUCUGGUGAAGCAUCUACAUACUUUAAAUCCUCUUGCAACUUUAAGCUUCAUUUUUAACGUGAGACUUUGUCCUUUUCUCUGAACCCCUCUUGCAGAGCAAAUAUCUCUUUAAAACAAGAACUCAGUGUUAACUUUUAUCAGGGUGGUUCUUAUUUGGAAACCAAAAACCUAAUUUUUAAUUUUUUGUAUUGUACCAGCAUGUACUAUUAGAUAGUAGGCAAAUACUGCAGAUCACUUUUGCGUAUUCUUGACAAACAGCUAUAAACACAAGUUCCCAAAAUACAUGUAUUAUCUGUUACUGUGGAGUGAGAAUAUUUCUUUCCUAGUGUGAAUUGUGACAAAGCAUUUUUCAAGGAAAUUGCCAUAUUAAGUCAGUCCAAAAGCACAAGUUAUAACCAAGAAUAAA